AUGGGGGUAGGUGGCCAUGGGGCCUUCGGAGUGGUGGAGCUUGAAGGAGGCGAAGUGGAGACGGAGACGAGAACCCUACUAGCCACUGCCGUUGUCAGCACGCGCGGGGAUGGGCGAGCUCGAGCUAGUUGGGGCUGGGCGAGCAGGCCUUGGGUGCUAAUUGUGCCGCGGGCGUGCAGUCUUCGCGGGUUGCUCCAAUCGAUGGUGCUAGUGCACAAGGAAGAGGCGGGGGUGCAGGAUCGGUGA